CACGCUUAUAAGACGUAAACGCUCGCUCGGAGGAGUAUUCCCAAGGCAAGAGCACGGAAGUGAUCCACCUCUUGCCUCUCCUCCUCUCGAUCCGCGUCUGAUGGCAAACCUCGCCCCGAAGGAAGCCAAUCGCCCCCGGCUGGAUGAAGAAAGCAGAGGAGGCGAGGUGGCGGAGGCCGCUCUGGCGACACGCGAAGCGGGGAACCGGUGGUGGAGGUCGAGAAAGCUUCUCUUGGCCGCCAACUACACGAUCCUCUUCGUGGGCUCCCUCUCCUCCUCGCUCCUCUCGCGAUACUACUUCGUCCACGGCGGCUCCAACCGGUGGGUCUCCACUCUGGUUCAGUCGGCCGGGUUCCCCUUCCUCCUCCUUCCCAUAUGCCUCGCCUCGUCUCCCUCCUCCCGUCCUUUCUCCGGCCUCACUCCGCGCCUCCUCUAUCUGUCCCUCUUCGUCGGCCUCCUUUUGGGCGUCAACAACCUGCUCUUCUCCUGCAGCGUGUCCUACCUGUCGGUCUCCACUUCCUCGCUGCUCCUGUCGUCGCAGCUCGGCUUCACGCUCCUCCUCUCCGCGCUCCUCGUCCGCCAUCCCUUGACCUUCUCCAACCUCAACUGCGUCGUUCUUCUGACCCUCAGCUCCGUCCUCCUCGCCUUGAACUCGAAACACGACCGCCCCGACGGCGUCGACCGGGCCCACUUCUUCCUCGGCUUCGCCGCCACCCUCGGCGCCGCGGGGCUCUUCGCGGUGUACCUCCCGCUCAUGCAGCUGGUCUACCGCGAGGUGAGCGGGUACCGGAUGGUGGUGGAGGUGCAGGUGCUGAUGGAGGCGGCGGCGACGGCGCUGGCGGCGACAGGGAUGUUCGCCACCGGCGGGUGGCGGAGGGAGGGCAAGUGGAACCUCGGCGUCGCCCGGUACUGGGUGGUGGUGGCGGCCACGGUGGCGGCCUGGCAGCUCUGCUUCUUGGGCACCGCCGGUAUGGUGUACCUGACGUCCUCCGUGAACAGCGGCAUCUGCAUGACGGCGCUGCUGUCGGUCAACGUGGUGGGCGGCGUGCUGGUGUUCGGCGACGCGUUCGGCGGCGGCAAGGCCGUGGCCAUGGCGCUCUGCAUCUGGAGCUUCAGCUCUUACCUCUACGGAGAGUACAAGAAGAAGAAGGAGGAGGAGGUGGUGGUGGCGGCGGAAAUUGCGGAAGGCAAGGAGGAAGAUGAUAGUGGGGGGAGUGCAGCGGGCGAUGGCAAUGCAUGAACAGUGCAAAGAUGCUUCUUCCUUUUCUUUCUUUCUGCAUCAUAAUUUUGUCCCUAAGUGUAAUGGAAGCUUCCUGUAUUAUAAAUGGGUGCAAAGUAUUAGUAGUGGGCAGUUGGCUCAGAUA